GUGUAAUAUCUUCUUCUUCUCAUUUCUAUGAUCAUCUCUAAACCCUAGCCAAGUUCCAUAAUAAUGGGAUUGCUGUCUCAUAGAGUUCAUAGUCACGAAAUUACCGCCGGCGAUCAUAUCUACACCUGGACGCCGGCUUUUGCAUACUCUCAUCACGGCAUCUAUGUUGGGGGAAACAAGGUUAUCCAUUUCACUAGAAAAAACAAUGCCCAUUUCAAAACUGAUUCCACCUCCGGUUUCUUCUCCUCCUCCUCAACACCGAGCAACCAAACCUCUUGCCCCACAUUCCCCGACUGCGGAUUCCAAAAAAACGAGAGUGGAGUCGUGAUCACCUGCGUAAAUUGCUUCCUAGGAAAACAAAACCUAUACCGUUUCCAAUACGGAGUUACCCACACGAUAUUCAUAGCCAAACUUAGAGGAGGAACAUGCUCGACCGCUAUAUCCGACCCGCCUGAUGAUGUGAUCCAUCGGGCGACCCAUCUUCUUCGACACGGGUUUGGAAACUACGACGUGUUUAAGAAGAAUUGCGAGGAUUUUGCUCUGUAUUGUAAAACCGGGUUGUUGAGUGUUGGAAAUAGUGCUUUUGGAGGAAGUGGUCAAGUGGCGUGUGCUGUGAGUGGUCCUUUGGGCUUUAUUUUAUCGGCUCCAUUUAGGUUAUUGAUGCCUAAUCCGGUUAGUAUGGUAGCUGCUACGGCUGGCUUUUAUUAUAUGAGUAAGUAUGCAACCGAUAUUGGUGUUAGGAAGGAUGUGGUUAAGGUGCGGGUCGAGGAUUUGACAGUUGUGGAGAUGAAUAAGGAGAAACUUGAAGAAAAAGUUGACAAUGAAAAUGAAUCGAAUGAAGAUAACCAUCAGGAUGGAUGUAUUCAUCCUUUCAAGAGGCAAAGAUAUUGAUGAUAUAUAUAUAUAAACAAUCAAAUAGGAUUUUCUUAAUCUUGAAUUGGGGUUAAGA